GUCAGCUGACCAGGUAUUGCCGGAAAUAGGAGUAGUAAAUAUUCAGCGAGAGAGCGAGGUUAGAUGUUUUUUACCUUUUCAAACUCGAGACUUUCUUGAUUAAUUCUUUGUGAAUACGCAACACGUCAUCACUUGUUUUUGUAUUGCUCCCUCAGCCAAGAAGGCCCAAAAGUUCACUUUCUCUCAGUCUUUAGGAGUGUUGGGCGGUGCUUCUCAGAUCAGAUGUCCUCUACACACCCUGUCCUCCUAAACACAGGGGUUCAGAUGCCCAUCCUGGGUUUAGGGACCUACAAGUUGGUGGGUUGUGAAGAGGUGUACCAGGCUGUGGACGCAGCGCUGGUUGCUGGUUAUCGGUCCUUUGACACCGCAGCCGUCUACCGGAAUGAAGCUGACCUGAGCCGAGCCUUGAAGGAGCUCUUGCCCAAAUAUGGCUUAACCAGAGAGGAUGUGUUUAUAACCAGUAAGCUGGGCCCAAAGGAUCAGGGCGAGAAAGCCAUGGAAGGAGCCCUGUGCAGCCUGUCUCAGCUGGACUUGGGUUACAUUGACCUCUACCUGAUCCACUGGCCUGGCACGCAGGGUCUGGAUGUGGCUGACAAACGCAACCCAGGGAACCGAGCUCAGAGUUGGGCCACGCUGGAGGAGCUGCAUGCUCAGGGGAAGCUGAAGGCCAUUGGAGUGUCAAACUACACACCAGCACACAUGAGAGAACUGAUGCAGAGCUGCAAAGUCCCUCCUGCAGUGCUGCAGGUAGAGUUUCACCCCAAGCUACUCCAGACAGAGCUGAGGAAAGUGUGCGAGGAGUAUGGAGUGUGUUUCCAGGCGUACUCCUCCUUAGGAAAAGGAGAGCUGAUAACUGACCCCGUGGUCUUAGAGAUCGCAAAGAACUGUGAACGCACCCCUGGACAGGUUCUCUUGCGCUGGGCUGUGCAGCAGGACGUCCCAGUGCUUCCAAAGUCGUCAAAUCCAGAGCGAAUAAAGGACAACGGCAGGAUUUUUGACUUCACGCUGAGUGACACGGACAUGGUCAAGCUGUCAGCUUUGGACUGUGGGGAAAAGUAUUGCUGGGAUUCAUCACAAGUUGCUUGAUAGACGUUAAUUUGAACACAUGUUGCCUUCCAGGAUGCUUCUUAAAUGGUGCGGUUCUUAAGCUCCGCUGCCAGUAAUGCAGUGGUGGGGAAUCAUCAGCAGAAUGAUUGGGAAACUAGAGUUGUACCGGUACUCAGUUCCUUAAAUACAGUGGGAGAAUGCAUUGAUUUAGAUAGAUUUAGAUUGAUGUAUAACACAUAUACGAUAUCAAGUAUUAUUUUAAAAAACAUUAACAAGUAGAUUUUCCUGUUUGUUGUGACCCAUUUGCCAUAAAACCCCGACCCUUUCCAGACAGUAGAUUUAUACUAACCUAAGUAUUUAUUGUGCCAACAUUUCAAGACUACUUCCAGACUACGCUGUUCUUUACUCUUAAGAACAAUAAUGUGCCUUUCGUGUUUCAGUUGUUCCCAUUUGAGUUGUCACUGUAUUACAACGUGUUGGAGAUUAUAAAAUAAAGUGUCCUUUUUACCGGAGGGUUAAAAAAGAAUCACACAAUUAAAAGACUUUAAAAUCCC